AUGAACACCACUGUUGCAUGUGGCUCUCAGUCACCGAUUGAGAGACAAUUUCAAGUCCAAUACACACAUGCAAAGUUUGAGGAGGUCCAAACAGAGUUCCAUUCAAGGAUGAAUUGUUUCAUCAAAGACACCUUAAAGGACGACUUAUGGAACACUUACACUAUAAAAGAAGAACGAAUGUGGGAAGGUAAUCGUUUACCAGAUAAAUUUUACAAGGUUCAAUUUGAUCCCCUAACACAGACAACCACUUGCUCUUGCCAACUGUUUGAGUUUAGAGGCAUUAUAUGUCGUCAUUCCCUAUUGGUAUUUGGUCAAGAAGAUGUAUACAGUGUUCCCUCACAAUACAUUUUGCGGCGUUGGAGCAAAAAUAUCCGAAGAAGACACACACUAAUAGCAGCAUCGUAUAGUAAUUCCAGUAAUGACCCACGCAUGGAAAGACACAAGAUGUUGUGCAAACGUUUUUAUGAAAUUGCUGAAGUUGCAUGUGAGUCUGAGGUUGCUAGCCAACUAAGAUACGAUACUGGUGCAUGCACGUCAAUUCCACAUAGUCCAGUUGGAACAUCUGAUGUCCUUGUUCACAGUCCUGCAACUGUUAAGCGAAAGGGAUGUCCACGCACAAACAGGUUGAAGUCCACCGUUGAGAAAAGAACCCAAAGAAGAAAGUCAGCUUCAUGUAGAAAGACUUCAACAACACCCACCCUUCAAUGCGGGGCAAGGGCAUCUAAUGUUUGUGAACGUGAUGACCAUGUUCAAUUUCAAGCCGACUCUAUCCAACUAUCACAAGAUACCGAAAUGGGUCAUUUAGGCUUUAUGUCGUUGUUGUCAGCUGUACAUAACAAUUUCGAUAACAUGAGUUGA